AUCUUGGACCUUGCAGAUCAAAAACCAUCCACAUCUAGAAAAUCUCAUAAAAGAGAAAAAAAAAGUUCACCUUUUAAGACAACUACUACUCCUUCAUCUGAGGAUGUACGUGGUGAUGAGGUAAAAGAUGGGUUUUCUCCUUCUAAAGUGAAAAAAUGGGCUAUAGAUGAUCUUAAUCGAACCAUAUCAUGGCUGGAGAAUCAAGAUGAAAGGCCAGAGCCCAGUGAGAUGAAGAAAAUAGCUGCUGAGGGAAUUCUAACCUGUUUACAGGACGCCAUAGAUUCUCUUAAGCAAGGGCAGGAUAUUCGCCAAAUAACUGAGCAGUGGGCAUGUGUCCCUCGGGCAGUUGAGGAGCUGGCAACGUUUGAUAGUAGUUCUGUUGGUUCAGCUAAACCACACAAUGAUCUUUGCAGACAAGCUGUGACCUGGAAACAGAUCUAUGAGUUGGAGUACAGAAAUAGAGAAGAUAAUGAACUUUUGAAGAUAAAAGAGCAGAGUACUCGUGUAAGCAGAAAAGCUGGUGACAUUGCCAAAGAUGUUGCAGCAUAUGACAGUGAUGAUACCAUUGAGAUGACGGAAGAGGAAAUUAACCGAGCUUAUAAUGCUGUGGCAUCUACCAUUAUAAAACACUAGGUGAGCGUGAAAUGGGAGGUAGAGUAGACGUAUAUCUGCUUAACCGAAUUUUUCAAUUCCGCUCCUCAUUUUUGGUUGUUUUUGUCUCUUUUAUAUCUUGAGCGAAUGUCAACAUCCAAGAGUAGUCAUCUGUAACCUGUUGUAGAUAGUACAAAAACUCAAUUACUUUAGGAGGGUACCAACUGGCUUAACAAACUCAAUUCUCUUUCUGAGCUCAAGAAUUGUUGCGAGUCCAAGUAUAUGUCUGGAGCGUAGGGAAUCUCAACAUGAAUGCUAUUGUUUCAAACCUUCAUUUU